CGGGUAACACGAUUUGGCUGUGAAUAUAGCAGGAAGGGGGAGGGGGUUACAUCGUCCCACUCGCGAUCGCACGCUACAUAAAUUGACUAAUGUUUCCACAUACAAUAGCUUCUGGGAAAAGAAGAUGACUAUAAAGCAGAUGAUUAAAAAUCAGUGAAGUUAAGUUGCCAGAAUUUUGAAAUAUGGAAAAUAUUGGGGAUAUUUCAACUAUUCCCAUAAUGGAGAAACAACCAGUUAUAUUAGGGAACCAAAAUACUGGAACCAUGUCAGGCACAACUCCUGCUCUUUAUGUUCUUGUGAAGCAGAGCACUGGUAAAUCUGAUCAAGGAACCUUGCUUUCAAAUCAAGAUAACAGCAGUCUACUCAGCAGUGCAGCAAAGCCAAUGAAAUCUAAAACUAAGACAUAUCUUCCAGCUGAUUGUGCUUCAGGGAAUAUCACUGUUAUGCUGGACAACAAUAAUAUGUGGAAUGAAUUCUAUCAUCGCAGCACAGAAAUGAUUUUGACAAAACAAGGGAGACGAAUGUUUCCAUAUUGUCGAUACUGGAUAACAGGCCUAGAAUCCAACCUCAAGUAUAUCCUAGUCAUGGAUAUUACUCCUGUUGACAACUUCCGCUAUAAGUGGAAUGGCCAUAGUUGGGAACCCAGUGGAAAGGCAGAACCCCAUGUGCUAGGAAGGGUAUUUAUUCAUCCUGAAUCACCUUCUACUGGUCAUUACUGGAUGCAUCAACCAGUAUCUUUCUACAAAUUGAAGCUUACUAAUAAUACAUUGGACCAGGAAGGACAUAUCAUUCUGCAUUCUAUGCAUCGGUAUUUACCUCGACUACACCUGGUGCCUGCUGAAAAAGCUACAGAGAUUAUCCAGUUGAAUGGUCCUGAUGUCCGUACUUUCACUUUUCCGCAGACAGAAUUCUUCGCUGUGACUGCGUAUCAAAACAUCCAAAUUACACAACUAAAAAUAGACUAUAAUCCAUUUGCUAAAGGAUUCAGAGAAGAUGGCCUGAGUAGUAGACUGCAGCGUGACGUGAAGCAAAAUGGUAGCUCAGAGCGUGAAGGUAAUAGUGUCACGAGUUCUCCUACUAAUCACAGGCAUCCCCCUGAAGGGAAUAUUUUUGAUCCAUCACAGAGAGAAUUAGACCCACCAUCUAGUGGGAUAUGUGACCCAGAUCUGGAGAAAGAGUCCCUUAGUCCAUAUCAUGAGUUCUUACAUUUUGCGGAAACAGAUGCUCAUGCAGGUGACGAUCGAGGAUUAAAGGAAGAAGCAUCAGAAAGGCCAAUAUCCAGCCCUUGUCAAAAAAUGUUACAUGUGACAUCCCAGCUUACUCUAAAGGGAGGACUCAACGUGUCUGUUAAAGAAGAACCAUUAGAUAACUAUGAAUAUGAACCUCUAAUUUGCAUGGAAGGGGUAAAUGUGAAGGAAGAAGAAACCAAUUACACUGCAGAAGAAUAUUCCAACAGUGAUGGCUCCAUAUUGAGGCAGCAGCUGCAGAAAUACAGCGAAAUAGAUAAAAUGGAUAUUGAAUUCCACAAGGAACAACAAAUAAACCAGUUGGGUGUUGCCAAAGCAAAAAUGCUAAAAUUGGAUAGUGGGAAGAUGCCUGUAGUUUACCUAGAGCCCUGUACAAUCAGCAGGAAUACAGUGAAAAUGUCUGAUGUUUCACAGGCCUUACUGACGACAACUAAGAAUGAAAAGUCUCCACUGACUCAUUCAUUAGAUUCUUUCCCUGCUCAUUUUGAAAAUAAAGAUAUCUCUAGCCCCUUUGCGGACAAGGAAACUGACAAGAUUGCAACUGAUAAAAUGGUAUCUGAAAAUACAGCACCACAGGUACCUUCAGAAGAAGACAUGCUAGGGAGAAAUAUUGAAGCAUGUGGCAGCCUGAAUACAAUUGAGAAAGAGUCUAGUUGUGAUCUCAAGACCAUUGCCAUCAGCAGCCCUUCUUUAGCUAAAGUUAUCUCUGAUGACCAAAAGUUAAAUAUGUUGAAGACUCACAUUUCUGGCAAGAGUAUUGUUGGCAAUCAAAAUUUUGGGGUGUCAGGCCCAAGGAAACGAGGAAGACCACGGAAAUCAAAGUUAUCUGAAGCUGGGAGAUCACCUAAAUGCAUUGCAAAAUCUGAUACAACCAAUAAUUAUGCUUCUUUGGGAACUGCUAGUACCCAUUUGGAUAUUAAUCUUGAUCUUGAGGAUGUGGAUGGAAUGCUUUUUGUAUCCUUUGUAUCCAAGGAAGCACUUGAUAUCCACAGUUUUGAUAGAGCUGAAGAAAAAGAAUUGCAAAAUACACUGAACAAUUCACUGACUACAUGUAAUCCAUGCACUGAUUCAGAUGGUCAAAGAAUACAACAGUUGGAAAAAGAAUUGUUAGAAGAUUUAAAAUCUUUUAAGUACAAACAAGUAAUACAUCCAAGUCUUCAAGAAGUGGGUUUAAAACUGAAUUUUGUGGACCCAACAAUGAGCAUUGAUCUGAAGUAUUUGGGUGUGCAGUUGCCCUUAAAUUAUUCAGAGGAAUAUGCUUCAUGGAAAAAUGAAGGAACUGAUUCUAAUUCUGCUGAUGCUGGACUUCAUUUUAUUUCAAGGACUGGAAAGACAAAUGACAUCACAAAAAUAAAGGGUUGGCGAGGAAAAUUUCACAACUCUUCAAAAAAUGAAGGCAUCAUUUUAGAAGGCUUGUUGAAGAAUCGAUCUGCCUUCUGCAGUGACAAACUUGAUGAAUACUUAGAAAAUGAAGGAAAGUUGAUGGAAACAAGCAUUGGAUUUUCUCCUAGCACAUCUAGUUCUCCUGUAGUUUAUCAGCUUCCAACUAAAAGCACCAGCUACGUGCGGACAUUAGAUAGUGUUCUAAAAAAACAAUCCAUUGCUUCUAAUUUGAGUUCUUAUACUUCCAAACCUCUUGGCUUACCUACUAUUUCUAAAAAGAAAAAAGAGAAAGUUAAGAACAAAAAGCAAGCAGUCUCAAGAGGCAAAGAAAAAUCUCCCCCCAAAAAUACAAUAGGUUUAUCUGUUGCAAAAAACCACAAACAUAAAUUAGUGUCAGAAGAUAAAGUUUCUAAAUCUCAGGCAAUUGAUCAGACAGUUACCGAGAAAGAUGCUUUGACGAUGUUGGCAACAGAGGAAAAUUUGCAGAGCAAACAGAUCACAGUGCGUCAGGUGCAGCAGCAACAGGGCAGUCGCCUGUCAACCUUAUCCAAGACUCAGUUGAAACUGCUGGAUUUAGAAGAUUGUGCAUUAUGGGAUGGUAAACCACGGACAUACAUUACAGAGGAACGAGCUGAACUAUCUUUGACAAUUUUACUGACUGCUCAGGCAUCACUCAAAAACAAACCAAUUCACAAAAUAAUUAAAAAGAAAGCACCACCAUGCAACAAUGAUUUUUGUCGGCUUGGGUGUAUCUGUUCUAGUUUAGCUGUUGAAAAACGUCAGCCAACACAUUGCCGCAAACCAGAUUGCAUGUUUGGAUGUACUUGCCUAAAAAGAAAAGUUGUCUUAGUUAAGCACAAAAAGAUCCAGGAGAAGCCUCUGCAUGGGAAGCAUAAAUUAUAUCGUGAAAGAAAUCAGGAACAACAAACAGAUGUAAUAGCAAAAGAUGAGCAAGAAAAAAUGAAACUAAAAGAUAAGAAGAAGAAAAAGAAGGUUGAAUAUAGUGCUUUGGAGAUGUCUAGGACAAUUCAGCAUAGUGAACUCGGCAUGGCCAACUCACCACAGCCAACUCACUUACAGGACAACUUGCGAUGGCCAACUUGCUCUGGGACAAGAGCUAUUUGUGAUACAGAACCAGAAAAACCUGUUAAAAAUUUUCCAUUGUGGGUAAAAAAAGAUGGAGAGAUGGAUCCAGAACCAAUUUACAUCCCAACUCCAUCAGAUGUUGAGGCAACAAAAACUGUGAUGUCACCUAUUCCAGAGAUCAUGUCAACUGAUGAUAAGCCUAUGGAAACUGAAGUUAAUUCAGAGGCCAAUGGAGUCAAGCCAUUACGAGUAUAUACACCUAGACCCAAUCCAGUGAUUCGAGAGGAAGAUAAGGACCCUGUUUAUCUAUAUUUUGAAAGUAUGAUGACUUGUGCUCGUGUGCGAAUAUAUGAACGGAAAGUACGGGAGAAAGGUCAGCGGGAAAAGUGCCUCUGGAAUUGUGAAAAACGUAUUGAAAAGGAACAUGAUGCAGAACCUCAGCCUCUGAAAAUUGAAAAGGAUAAAGACCCUGGAGAGAAAAGCUGGUGGUUUUCCGGUAGAGCUGGGGAUCCAUUCGCUUCUUAUGUACAUCAUAUUACCCCAGAUGGCAAAAACAAAUUGAUUGAGAUUAUUUCUGAUUGCAACUGGGAAGAGGAUCGCAAUGAGAUUUUGAAUAUCUUAUCACAGCAUAUCAAAAAUAAGAUACCCAAAUCGGUCAAAGUAGGCCAUUUUCUGAUUGAGCUAGAAUCUGAAAGUAAAACCUGGGAUGAAAAACACACACCCAUCUAUUCUUCGCGAGUGAAAAUCACCAUGUCACCAUGUCAGAACAAAACCGAAACCCUUCCUGUCGCUGUUGAGUCACCUAAUGCUGGAUUGUCACCAUGCAAGAAGACAGAAAAAAUAACAUUAACCCCUGAGAAAUCACAGGAACAGAGGAAGAAAGGUUUACCCUUUUAUGCAAGAUUUUCUUCUGUGGGAAAACUGAUUGCUCACACAUGCAAAUAUGGCUUAAAUUCCUCAGAUUUGAUUCAGGUUAAUGGUAAAAAUUCUCCUCAAGCCAAACUUCUUUUGGGACAGAUGGGAGCAUUGCAUCCAGCCAGUCAUCUAGCAGCUUACCUCACGGGUAGACUGCAGUCAACCAUGUCUGAUCUCUCAACAAUGAUCCUCAAGAAGGCACCCAGUAAUAAACUUGCUGUUUCUGAAUCACUGUCAACUGAAAUAUCCACAUUAGAAACAUCUACAAUUUCACUUUUUCCUGAUACUACAUCAAUCUCCACUGCUCGUGUCUCAGCACAGAGACAUAUAGCUCCUCGGCCAUUAUUAGAUGGCAUGACCUAUCAGUUGACCUCUCUAAAUACAGUUGGAGGUCUACAGAAGAAGGCUUCUGAAAAUGGGUCAUCUCAAUCUUUGACAGGAACACAGAAAUCUAAUACCAAAUCUAUCUUACUUUCUGCUGGUUCAACUACAGUUGUUCCUACAACUGCUAUAACUUCUGUGGCACCACUUCCUGUAACAAUUUCCAGCCCUUUGCAGAAUAACAAUGCUAUCCAUCCUUCUGACAUUGCUUUUACAAAUACUGUUGGAAAACAAGAAAUAAAUAUAUCCCCAGCCACGGAUGCUAUGGAAAUAACAAAGCCAGUUACAAGCAUGUCUUUUGCUCAGUCUUCAACUUCAGUUUGUACAUCCACAGCUGUAGUCCCAAUCACUGUGACUUCCCCUACUUCAUCAGUUAGCUGUGUUCAACCUGCUGGACUCUCAGGAAUUCACAAAAGCCCUUUGUCAAAUCAAAAGCAGGGUGCUACAAGUCCUCCAGGUUUGCCUCGUGGAGCAGAGUAUCGUAUGGGAACACGAUUUAUUUUGAUUCCCGUACAGCAGUGUUGUUCUACUUUGCGACCUUCACAAAAUAUGCAAGUUGCCUCUGGCAAAAGAGUAGUUUUGCAACCUUUGAGACAUCCAGGUGCUGUUAAUCUCUACCGACACCCCAAUGGUCAGAUUAUCCAACUUGUUCCCUUGCAUCAACUUCAAACUUCAGGAGCACAGUCCAGUUUACAGCCCAUAAUGGUCCGUAAUCCAGGCUCUGUGGUAGGAAUCCGACUUCCUGGACCUUCUAAGCUUCCUGAAACAUCUGCAUGUCAGGCUUCUGCUGUUCCAUCGGUGACUUCCACUACUACAACUUCAAUUCUGUCUACAUCUCCUUCAGUUUUGUCUGGAUUCUCAACUGCAGAGAACGCUUCUGUUUUGUCUGGGACAUCAAACACAACCACUGCAAUAUUAUCACAAACUCCUACCACUGAGUCCUCUUUAAUGCUCUCCAUGUCCUCUAAUGCUUUAUCUUUAUCCCCCUCUACGGAAACAUCUUCUCUUUUGUCCAUGACCUCUAUAACUGACGUUCCUUUGUUGCCCACAACCGCUUCUACUACACUUGUACCUUCUACAGUUGCAAUUUCAUCAUCUCUAUCCUGUACUACGCCUGUUUCCCCUACCGAUAAAUCCCCUUCGGUUUUCACAGUGUCACCUAAUGGUACUAAUUCUCUCUUGCCUGUGCCUCCUUCUAGUAUACUUACGUCUUCUAUCACUGAGGGCACUUCUGCUGCUUCGGAAUCCCCUGUCACAAAUUGGACAUUACAGGACAUGAGAACUACAGCUGUGCAUUCUGCUUCAGUAACUCAAGCAACACCUGUUAAUUCUUCAGGUUUGGUGUCCCCAGUUGGUACUUUGACUCUGAGGAUUUCUCCUGGAAUAAACAAUUCCGAUCAAACAGGUUGUCAGUCUAAAAUAAGAUGUAACGCCAGUGGGCUACCAAGCAAUAUAAAUAAUCUAAUAUCUCUACAGUCAGGCAGUUUUGCUUUGCUUCAGUUUCCAGGGCAGAAGAAUGACUCAGGUUCCAUUGCAAAGAAAGUUGCAUCUCUUGAGAUUAAAAUUUCACAUAAGAAAAAUGAGGUCAGUGCCAAUAAGUUAGAGGAAGAUUCAAUAAGUUCACAAACAACAGAAAUUAGUAAAUUAAAAGAAAAUGAACUACUAUUGCAUAAUCCAGACUUCCAUUCUGAAGAAAUAACAUGUAACAGAAAUAUAUCAGAAAUAAUUGAAAAGGAUGCUGAAAUGUUGAAGAAGUUACCCAGUUUUGCUCUCAUGUUACAGGCUAAUAUACAAUCAGACCACUCCUAUACCAGUGAGAAGCAGAAAUGUGAAGAAGAUGAAAUUAAGAAAAAAAAUCAAGACAAAGACGUUGAAGACCCCCUAGAUAAAGUUUCAUAUUCUAAUGAAAAAUGUAAUGAAAUUGAAGUUCUUGCCCAUAAUACAUUACAAGAAGAAUCAAUGCAAAAUCCAAUUACUGAAUCAAAAAAUGAACAAAAACAAUUAGAUACAAAAGCACAAUUGAUUGUUGAACAGACCUGGUGGAAACCUAGGAAACCAGCUCAGCACAACCCUCCUCUAAAUAAUACCGAAAAGCUGCAAACAAAGACUAAACCUUCUCUAGAUCCAUGGAAAAAUGAAGAUCCAAAAUUGCCAAGACAGAACAUGAAGGAAAAAUGUGACUUUGUGGCUAAAGAAAAAGACAAAGAAAAAGUAAGUGGGAAGGCUAAGAUCAAUGCUGGCAAAAAUAAAAAUAAUACCUUAGAAAAUGAAUACCUGGAUAGUGCUCAUGAAGAUUUAUAUGAAAAAAGUACUGGUUUUCAAAGUAGCUGUAACUAUUCUAGCUAUGAAAAAAGUAUUAAAGAUAUACAGGAACAUAAUCAAAAUAAGAAAGAUGAGCACAAGACUAGUAAAACUUGCAGCAAAAUAUCCGGACCAUCCUUAGCUGUACAAAAUAAAAUCAGUGUGGAUGUUGAUGAACUUGCAGAUAAAUUAACAAAAUCCACAAAACAAAAUACAUGGAAAACCAAGUGUCACAGAAAAAAAUCCUCGCCUCUUAUUGAUAUUACCCGGGAUGAUACAGAAAAAGAUGAAAAAACAGAAGAAUCUGCCAAUGAGAUGGUUGAUGAAGCAUUUGGAUAUCAAAGUGAGGAUACAGUAAAUGUUGAAAUAUUGAAUGGAAGUGAAUUCAGUGAAGUUGAGGAGAAUGUGGAUAUUGAGACGGUGGAGGAAUUUUCAGAAAAAGUUCAUCUUGCUCGCCUAAAGGCUACGGCUGCUCAUAGUUUGAGGUCCAAACAGUUGCACUUGGUUCGUAACCAUUCUAAUAAGAUGACUACCAAGCGACAUAAGCAAUCUGAGUUUUCCAGUAAAAAGCUAAAGAAUGAAGAGAAGGCCUUUGCUAACUAUCGGCAAACACACACAGCAAACGAACGUCGCCGUAGAAAAGAAAUGAGGGGACUCUUUGAAAAAUUGAAAGCAACAUUAGGACUGCAGGCUUUUCCAAAGGUUUCCAAAUGCUUCAUCUUAAAACAAGCCUUGGAAGAGAUCCAGGGUCUGACCGAUCAAGCAGACAAACUCACAGGACAAAAGAACUUAUUGUUGCACACGCAGGAUACUUUGGUUCGUAAAGUAUCUGCACUUUCAGGAAAGACACAAGAAGUAGUUUUGAAGAAGUUAGAAUACAUUUAUGCCAAACAGAAAGCAGUCGCGGUUCUAAAAGGGAAGCAGAGUGAACAAAAAGAUCCUGCGAAGAUCAUUGAAACCACAGAGACUGCUAGUCCUUCAGUGGAAAACGAUCCCACUUCUGUCCUUGGAGAGGUGAAGCCGGUGGUCUUAUCCAACCAACGUACAAAACCAUUGAUACUUUCCAGGAAAGGAAACCAUGUCACAGGAGACCUACCUCCUUCUAUAACAUUAACCAAUGCCAACCUUUUAGUGACUACAAAUGGCCAGGUUCUGGCAUUCAGGAAUUCAUUGGUGCCAAGACAGGUUACUGCCCUGCCUUCUACACUUCUACAAGCCGAAAUAAAAUCAGAAGCUGAGAGCAGUGAUGAAAAAGAGCAGUCAGCAGAAAAUGAAGAUUCGUUCUUGAUGCCAAGAAUCGUGAAUGUGACAUCACUAGCUACUGAAGAAGACACUUAUUUAAAUCUGGAUGCAAAUAAAGGACCUCAUACAAUGCUAAGUACAGAUUCCCGAGCAUCUGAGUUUUCCAUGCAAGUUUUACCUCAGGAAACAUCCAAUCAUAAAUGCAAAGAAAACGAAGAAGGUUCUGAAAAAGAGAGAAAUAUUAUUGGAACAACACAAGAUCUGCUUCAGGAAAAAUACAGUUUUCCACAAAUACUAAAUGUCUCCAGUUUAAAGGGCUUCCCAGAAACAAAGCUCUGCUUUGAAGAAUUAACUGUAAGCCAGACAUGGGCCAAAGAGGUAGAUGGAGGAGGAGGAGAUUAUCAAAAAUCAAAGAAUCCCUCAUUCCAAAAACUACAGAUUAACAAAGCCAAGGACUCUGGGUCAGAAAUGGAACUGCAGCAAGUUGCUUCUGUAAUACACGAACCAACAGUGGAUACAAGGAGUUCAAUAGAUAUAGAGGAAAAUGAUGAUACAGAUGAAACUCUGACCUCACUUCUGAAUGAAAUUGCAUUCCUCAAUCAGCAACUGAGUGAUGAUGCUUCAGACAUACCAGAACUUUCCAACCCCCUGAGUUCUAGCUUUUCUCUAGCAGAUACGGAAAAUCGGCAGGAAUCAAAUUCAGCAAGUAGCUCUGCCUUCCAAUUUAGUACAAUGGGUGGGAAUUUUAAGGAUCUUUCUAUGAUUCAAGACAAUGGUGAUUCCAUAACUCCUCUCUUACUUCACUUGGAUGAUGAUGAUUUUCCUGUUGGUAAUAGAAAUGCCGGAGACGUUUCAUCAGAACCUGAUGCUUUAAAAAUCAUGCUAGGCUCCGAAGUAAAGGACAGAAAUUCCAACCUGUUAAAAAUGAACAGAAGUGGAAAAAACGAGGAAUCCUCAGCAAAGACAAGAAGUGUUUCACCUCCCGUUCUUCAUAUGAAAACUAAUUUAGAAGCUGGCACAUCUGACAUGUCAUGGAGGCCUAUGCCCAAAUUGGCACCACUGGGGUUAAAAACUGCUAAUCACUCAUUACAUUCUGAAGGACAAAGUACUAAAGUGAUGCCUGCACUGGCACCUGUUGCUCCAAAAGAGAAGAAAUUGGCACAGUCGGCGACUAAUCCAAAUCAGGAUUCUACAGCAACAAACACAAAAGCAACUGCAGUGACAAAAUCAGAUUAAUUAUGGUCACUUUAACUUCAGAUUUUAAUGCUUUCUUUCUGACUUUUGAAAUUUAAUCUAGAUGUAGGAUACACAUAUGCAUUUGGCUGCUUGCAUUACAUUGCCAUAUAUUGUAAAAAGUAUGCAUGUAAUUUAUGAAAACAAAAUUUUGUACUAGAGGUUAAGAAGUCAAAAAAUUAAGAGACUAUCCAGAUAGAUGAAUAAUGCAAAUGCUUCAUUUAUCUGUUAUUUUGGUAGAACUCUUGUAAAAAUAUGUUGAGGCUCUUGAACAGUUUACAUGUUUGAGAGCAUUCAUUCUGGGAAGAAAAAAAAAUGCAGAAUUAAAUUAUUUUCUUCAUAAUGUAGUAAGGAUUUUAACUGCUUUGCUUAAGCUCCAGUGGAGUUGCUCUUAAAUUGGCAGGGAAGUUGUCAUAGUUAUUUCCUUUUUAUGACAUUGCCACAGAAUAUCUUUUUUAAAGUAUUUUAAAAAAUCAGGAAUGUAAGUGCUUUGUAUAAAUAUAUUAUGUGUUCAGGAGCUCCGAUGAAAGCAUUUCAGCAACAAAGUGUUUUCUGUAAUACAAUGUUGCUUAAUUUUGGGGUCCUCCUGUAAAGCAUGUGAAGUGUGAGAUUUCAUAAUGUAAAUGAUUUAUAUUUUUGUAUACAGAUUUUUGUAAGUAUGUACAAUAAUGACAUUUUUCAUCUAGGAAAAGAUAUUAAAUGUUUCCAAAUGAUUGUAAAUGAUCUAUUUUUUGUUAAAUGUGAAGCAUUUGAAUGCUUUGAAAAAGUUGUUAUAGGAAACCUUAAAACUUAGGCAUUUUAUGUAAAUUCAUUAAGAAAGGUAAUGCUUCUUGUUACCCCACCAUAAAAUGUUAAAGCUUUCUUCAUUUAUUAAUAUUUGCAUAUUUCCUUCUCUUAUCACAUGGAUUGAAUUAACGGUUGAAAGUCAGUUUUCUGUAUAGGUAUGAAAAAUGAGCAAUUUGAUGUGCUUAUGGCACAAAGGUUUACAUGUAACAAACAGGCAUGAGUCAGAAUUAUUUCUGAGCUUUAAAAAAUAUAUGCAGAAAAAAAGUGGCUCCUGAACUCUUUUUUCUCAAAGGUUUUUAGAGAAAUAACAUUGCUGUGUUCAUCUGCACUGGCUGUUCAAUCUUCAGACAGUUAACUGAAUUACAGGUGUAGCUUUCCCUUUAUCAAAUGCUAUUGAUUUAAAAGCUUUGUAAUAUUAGAAAGGAAAAGUUGUCUAAGUUCUAAGCAGUGUAUACUAAACAAUGUGUUGUUCUUCACAGCUGCACAUAUUCCCCUAUGCUAUAUUUCAGUUUAUUGUAAGGUUUUCUUGUGUUUCUUGAUUCACUGUUUUCAGUCAGUGCCUUAGGACAUGAAAAGAACUUUCAUAAAUCACUAUUUAAAUAAAAUCUGACUGACCUUUUUAAUUUAAGGGUCAGACUGCAAUGGAACACAAGCCUUUUAAAUGCUUUUUCUGGACAUGCAACUGAGAAUGUGGUUCCUCUGAGGAGCCUGUCCCAGAGACAUUGGCAGAUGUUGUAUGAACAUUGGCACUGAUGGGAUCCUUGUAUGUAGAGCUGUAAAUCAAGGCAGCUCUUAUGAGUACAUCAACUCCUUGUUGUUAGGAUUUCUGACUGUAUAAAAUCCUGUACUCAGACAUCUUGCUUGUUCAGGUGAAAAAGCCUGAAGAAGGCUUGUGGCAAUUUGCUUACCUAUAUUAAAUAAACAUAAAACAAAUUAUGCCAACCCUUUCUUUUAUAGAACUACCAUUACACUAGAAAUUUGACUAAAACAUAACAUUUUUUCAUUCUUUUCUCAUUCCUUUUUCCUAGUAUUUGCUUGUUUUCUGAGUUAUAGUACCUAAAGAAAAUCCUACCAUUCCACAUUUCACUUUAGAACAAAUUUUAUCAUUACAACUAUGAUCAUUUGGCCUCUAUUAUGACUAUUUUAAAGAUGCAGUGCAUUAUAAUGUAAAUAGGCAGUAAAGGAUUUCAGGAAAAUUUCUAUAUAAACAUUCAAGUGUGAUACACAGAACUCUAAAAUUCCGAAACCCAGUCAUCUCUUUGAAUAGUUUUCAUCUGCAUUUCAGUGCUCAAUUCUAAAGUUUUUAAAAAUAAUACUACAAGACUAUUCCCUGUGUAUUUCAAAAGUAGCCUUGAUAACAAUUAUGUAUAAUUUUUUUAGGAAUAAUGUGAGAAUGAAUUUUAUAAGUAUUUUCUAAUCAGCUCUGACAAUUGAUUCAUUUCAUUUUAAGCAAGCUUGUAAAAUUGAUUUUUAAUUCAUCUGUAAAUGACUGAUGUUUUAGUAACACAAUGUUAGAUUAUGUUUCUAUUAUAUUUCUUCUUUUUCUGUAUCUACUAAAAACUGUAUUUUUGUAGUUAUUGAACCAUAAAGCCUAUCUGAAUACUGAGAGGAGAAUCUGUGUAAUUAAAAUAGUCUCUAACUAGAAAAUGGUUUUGAAAUAUUAUUUCUAGACCAGAAACUAGAGGAGAAGCUGAGAGGAUAACAGACUGUACUGAGUUUUAUUGAUAAAAUUCUGGAAUAAAAUUAGUCCUUGUAAAAAAGAA